AUGGCGGCCAAUUUUUGGGAGUCGACUCAACGUCGGCACUGGCUGUUUACCAAAGAGGAGCUGGCAGCCAGACGACAGCAAUUGGAGAAUGAGGACCCGUCCUUGGUGACUAUGUAUCCAUUGCCUGAAUGGAGACAUUUGUAUAACUACUUUAACUACCAAAUGCUUCGCCUCGCUAAAAACCUCUCGAUCCGCCAACAAGCCAUCGCCACAGCCCAGGUCUACAUGAAGCGCUUCUAUACGCGCGUCGAGAUCCGAAGCACGAACCCGACCCUCGUUCUCGUUACGGCCGUCUACCUCGCCUGUAAGAUGGAGGAGAUGCCGCUGCACAUACGCAACGUCUCGCUCGAGGCGAAGAAGGUCUGGCCUAUGGAGACACCCUCGCUCGAGAUCGCAAAGAUCGGCGAGUGCGAGUUCUGGCUCAUCUCAGAGAUGAGCGCCCAGCUCAUCGUCCACCAACCCUACCGGACUCUCAAUGCCCUGCAGCAGGACUUCCAGCUCGCUAAUGACGACCACGUCCUGGCUGUAUCUUUUCUCAACGAUCACUACAUGACCGACUUGCCACUGCUGCAUGCUCCGCACACCAUCGCGCUCGCUGCCAUCAUGCUGGCUCUUGUGCUUAGGUUGUCCAAGGCCUCAAGCAGCAAUAGUGCAGCCGCCGGGCAGCAGGGAGGCGCACAAGCCGGUUCACUGGGCAUCAGCCUAGCACCUGGGCUAUCCAUGUUCCAGCAGGCCGUAGCGGCCAAAGCCAUGACACCUGGCGGGAGCAGCGGUUCUCCCGCAAUGUCCUCGCCCAUCCAACAGAAUCCUCCAAACCAGCCUUACCAGCUCACGCCGCAGCAACAGGAGCUGUUCCGCCAGCAGCAAAUGCAGCAGCAGAACAGGCAACCAGAAACCCAGGCCAGGGACUCGCCACAGAAGGAGAAGAGCAAGCUUCAGCGCUUUGCCGCUUGGCUCUCUGAGAGCGGUGUCGACAUCGAGGCCAUGAUCGACUGCACGCAGGAUCUGAUAGCCUUUUACGAGUGCCAAGAGUCGUACAACGAACAGAUCACGCGUGACCAAAUCAACCGAUUCGUUAAGGCUCGGGGUCUUUAA